CAAAGUAGCCCAACACUGCUAGUAACUAGAAGUUGUCGAACCUAAUUAUCUAGUUGACUCGUCAACCAAACUUGCCAGCUAAUCGUUUCCUGCCUUCAAAUUCAAGCUAGUCUAUACAGUGCGCGCGUCCAAGUCACGCUUCAGAUAAAGUCCAAUCACGUCCAUCUCCAGUCAUUUUCCAUCCUCCUCAGGCAACGUGUAUGAGAGUCGCUGAACAAUACACAACAGAUGAUGAAUAUGACAUUGAUUCGAAAGCUCUUGAAACGUCUGUUCCAAGUGUUGGCGACGCUCGCAACUUCAUCUGCACGGCGACUGCUCAUUCUCGUGUCAUGCUUUCGACACUUCGUGGCCAAGGUUCAUGUUCCAAUCUCGCAUGAUACUAACUCCAAGUUUUCCACUGUAGACUCGCGUUGUACUGUCUUGACUGGGACUUCUGGUGCACAAUGUUCCCAGUCCACCUUGCCAUUACCGCUUCACACUACUCCGUCGAGUGCAGCAAGCUCCAUGACUUCAACACCUCUGUACACCAUGCCUGUUCCAAGCGUUCCACAGCUUGCUAAUUCACCACAGACUCAGACGCCUUUGCCUCCAGCAGUCGGUAAUGCAAUCUCUCCCAAUAGUCUUCCUAUCACUCUCCAUUUUCUGCCAUCCGCUGUAGAUCAUAAAUCACGUUACGAGAAUCGUCCUUUUGUAGAUGCAUCUCACUCCAUCGGAAUUUCAGCAUUCAUGAGGUCCUUCCCCAACCAAUCAUGUCCUUGGUUGAACGGCGAAUGGCAGCCAUGUAUACAUCCAGAAGGCGCGCUCUAUCUGUACAAUGGCCGCAAAGUAAAGAACUUCACUGAAGGACACAUCAAUGAAUAUUCGUUCCACUUGAUGGACAGAUGUGCGGAUGAGCUAUACGACUUGGCACGCACACAAUCACCAAACUUUGACGCUGGUGAUAUCGAGCUCGUCGUGCAGGUAGUGCCGAAUCAGACAGAUUCUUGCCAGUACUACUUUGUCGAUCAUGAAACCCGAACUCUCUUUUGGCUACACGUUUAUGACCAAGCGACAGAGACUGUCUUUGACGGUCUCCAAGGUGUCUGUGAUCCGAGUCACAUUCGAUAUGCCUUGGAGUCUCAAUACUGGAUGCAUUGCGAACGCUACCCGAAACACGAACUGAAUCGAGACAAGCUCCUGAAAGAACUGAGGGAGGUUGUUGUCCAUGCGAGUGCAGAGAUCAUCACUUCGGAUGCUUCUUUAUCGCCCUUUGGUGCGGAUGAGCUUUCCAAAAUCCUGGAGCUGGUAAACCAUCUUCAAGAGAAUGUUCAGGAAACCGAGUUCCCUCAUUCCACUUGUGUCAUUGGCAAAGCCAAAUAUUACAACUUCUGCGGUCUACCUUGCGCUCGUCUCGAUGCCGACAAAGCUGUGUACGACGAAAUUGCUAACUUUCAUCCACUGAUCAGUAGUCUUUCUUUGGCCCUUGACGCUAUACUUUUUUGGGCACCACAAGCACACUUGUAUGAUCUUCGAAGGGUGUGGGUAGAUAGGUGUAUUAACUCACCGCGGUGGAAAGAUUACAAUGCAAAGCUCAUGGCAGAGUGGACUGGAAUCACCAUCUACUCCACCGUCAUGUUGGCUGUAGAUUUGAGUUUUCUCGCAGUACCGAAUGUGAACAUUUCCACGUCAGAGUCGGUUGGGAUCAUUACCAUAUAUCUCUCGAUCAUCUCGAUCACCGGCUCCUUGGUCGUCUCAGUCCUGCUGGUCCGUCAAAACCAGAGAUAUGGUUGUGAAUCAGCGGACAAAGCAGGAGACUUCCUGUACAAUAUGACUGACACGUUUUUUGGGGAUAAAGGCCUUGCGACGAUCAAUAGUCUCCCUUACGCGAUGCUCAUGUGGGGGAUGAUUUACUUCUCAAUCGCCCUGCUGUACAACGUGUUCAAGUCUACGACAACGGCCAUGUUGGCGUCAGUCAUCAGUGUAUGCGUGGUUGUUACCAUGUUUAUAUUGUGGUUCGUCUGGGCAGCGAGAGAGCUACAUAUCUUCAGGCGACUGAUUGAGCUCAUUUUAUCUGCUAGAAGGCGCGUCUUAGCACACAUUGGGGUUCCUUGAACUUCAUGAGACGAUAAGACAAUUUUGACUUUUU